AUGUCAAGUCUCACUGAAGGCGUAAGUGUUCUGCGUGGAAGUCCACGGAACAACGAUUUUGAUUCCGACGGCGAGCACGGUGAGGAUGCCGGGCUUGUCACAAACGUUCCGCAGCCGCAACAGGCCUUCCAGGGCCGUCAGCGUCUUGGAGUUCCCUUCGUCUUCGGUCUCGGCUUCAUCGGGCUCGCGAUCUGUUACUUCGCCUUCCGCCCCAUCCAUGAUGACACGAGCGUGGAGGAAGUCCUUUCGUUGAGCGAGCAGCUGACCCGCACGAAGCAAGAGGUGAUGCUGGCUUUGGAGCACGCCGAAGGGAGGGACGAAAAGAUAAAGCAUCACCUGCGAACCUUGGACACGCUAUACAACGUUUUGCAGGUCAAGAAGUUCAACCGCAUUGUGCACAUGAAGACAGCGAACAAAGUUUCGUGUGCCUUCAACGUCGUGGAGGCUUUCUUCAGCGCCAUGGCCUUCGGGGACGACAUCAAUGGUAUGAUUCGGACCUGUCCGCCACCUCGCCCUCCACGAUCCGAGUACGCCUGCCAGGUUGAUUCGGGCAUGUUAAUCUUCUGGGUCGGGAACCUGGCAUCGAAGCUCGCCGCAGCGGUUUCGGAAUGUGAGAACACGCUCAGCGUGGGAGGUGGCCUCUACGGCCAAUUGCCGGGCAAUGAUCGCGGGCCGCUCUGUGCCUCAGGUGUGGGUCAACUUGCCGGUGCUUUGGGGGAGUUGGCUGGGGCUUCGUCGAUGGCUGCAACUACGUGCGGGAACAUAACGGACGAUGAUGAAUAUGACUAUGACUAUGAGCAUCAUCACAGGAACCACUUCUUCGAGGGGCACGUCAGCACCUUCGGAGAUCAGACGCAGGAAUAUAACGAAUGGAGGAAUUUGGCGGACGAGCGCAAGCUCCUGAUCGGUGAGGGCUACGUAGGCAACGACAUUCAAUGUGCAGUGGACGUGGGCUUGGUCGCCACAAACAUCGCAAACAUGGGCCUUGCAAUCAACUCGGCAGUGAGAUCGGGAAACUGUCAGAACAAGAUUCUGCCAAAGCGAGAAGCUCUGUGCACCGUUGACAUCGGGAGAGCCGUUUCCUUCUUCGCUCAGAUCGUGACCUUCCUACAGUUCUCGAUUCUGAAUUGUGAGGACCUCAUGAACGUAAGUCUUCUUUGUGGAGCCGGCAUAAGCGGAAUCGGUGCGGCGGCGGCCAGCAUGGCGCCUGCCGUGGCUUCCAUCGUCGCCGGCUGCGAUCCACCCUUGAACAUUCCGACUGGGACGGUCACGUCUACAACGACGAGCACGACCUCAACAACCACUUCCUCUACGACGAGUUCCUCCACCUCGAGUUCCUCCACGACGAGUUCCUCGACCUCGAGUUCCUCGACAACGACCGUCACGACCACCACAACCGUCACGACGACUUCAUCGACCGUCACGACCACCACAACCGUGACGACUACCACGACGGUUUCGACGACUACCACAUCCUUGACGAGUAGCACAACGGUGUCAACGACCUCCACGACGAUUUCCUCCACCACUUCCUUGACGAGCACCACAACGGUAACAACGUCUUCUACGACAGUUUCCUCCACAACUACGAUGACGACAACCAUAACCUCGAUAACCACAACCUCUACCAGUGCGACCGAAACAACCAGCACUUCCUCGACAGUAACCCAGACUCUUUCACCAUUCGAUUGUACCAAGGACAUCAUCCCCCUGCAGCUCAUUAAUCGAAACAACGGUAAUAACAAUUGUGCUCAAGGUUCGGAUAUCAAGCGACUCAACAUUGCGGACGGCACGUACACGAAUUUCUGUGCGCACUUCGAAAAACAGUGCUUCAAUGCCUGUGGCUUGAACCCCGAAGACAACUUCAUCUACUGCGUCGAGAAGGGCGGAGACAACCUCAUGCGCCUCGAUUGCGGAGGAGGGCAGUCCUGCUAUCUGGGCAAAAUCGGGAAGACCUUUUCGGCCAACUUUGAUCCCACCACCAAGGACUACGUGAUGACCACUCAGAACGAGUUUGUCAUAGCGGAUAACCCGAAAGACCUGGGUUGCCUUGCUGCUCCUUCGAAUGUGCCAGUUCCUGGCAGGCAGGUCAUCAGACAGAGCGUGACAGACAGUACCGAUGCGGACUUGAUGGUGACAGACAUGACCCAAUUUGGCAUCACUGGCUUGCCCAACGUGGGCCCAUCGUGGGUGGUGACGUGCGAGAAAGGUGCUGAUUACGCGGCGAACGAUCCGAGUAAUCCAGGAAAUCGGGUGUACAUCCAGAGUCUGAACGAUCCUACUGUGUUCUACGUCUUGCUCAUGGUCCAGAGCGGCGUUCCAAUCCCCUCGAACUUGGGCGGGGCUUCCGGAGCGCAGUGGCAGUUCGGUACGGAGCUCUUUUGUGCCUACAACGAUCCGACCAUCAGUGCAUCACCUUAUAACGGUGGGGUGUGGGACUUGAGCUUGAGCAGCAUUACCCUCGAUUCGCUGCUCUUUCCUCCGAAUGCCGGCACGAUUGAAGUCACGAGAGUGAGCGACUCCGAGAAGACGAACUCCAAUGACGGCCUGAACUGCAUCGAGGGAGGCAGCCCCUUCACCACCCCCACCCCAUAA